GAUUCACGUUAUUAUUUAUACGUUUGCACAUUGUGAAUUUGUACUACAUAAGUUAACAAUUAUACUUACAUAAAUAAAAAAUAAAUCUCAUCUUUUCUCAAUUUUUUUUGUUCUUUUUUCAAUUUUGUUGUGUUCGCGUGUGAAUUUUGUGGGACCAAUGAGUAUACAUAUAUGUAUACUCUGCCAUCUCCCUUCCUUUAUUUAUCAAAAUCCAAGGUCAUAACCGAGCCAUGUCUCUGAUUGGAUGCUCGACAACACGUUUGUGCAGGUUCACUCUUGUCUGACUGGGCCAGAGCUUCUGGCACUUGCUUCUUUCAGUCACUUGCUUCAGUCGUGUGUAACUUCGCAGACGUGUUCCGUUCGCCUCAGGUCUGCUAAGUCGAGAACGUUUUGGGUGAACAAAAGUGAAUGAGUUUGUCAAAGUGGAGAAACAAGUUAAAUGAUUUUGAGAUUCAAAUUUAUAUUAUUAAAUUACUUGCCAGAAGGUUGAUAUUGCUCCUGUACGUCAGAGUAAAAUAAAUUUAACAAAAUGGGAUCUAUCUCUGACUAUUUGUGUAAAACUAAAAUAGAUGCAAUAAUGUUUUCCUCGCUAUUUUUUAUACACAAAACUACAUGUCUCGGUAAAGUUUAAUUUUAUUGUUAAACCUAACAUUGUUAUUUUGUUGAUUGUCAGUGCGCGUACUGCAAUAAGUUUUUAUAAUUAUUAUUUUUUAGUCGUGGCGACAACAAGUAUAUGUCUUUUUGGCUUUAUUGGUCAUUGUACAAGAAUCUAACGCAGCGGCGUUAGUAUGUACAAAAGACGAUGAAUGUCCAGAAGGACAAUAUUGUUACAUGAAGACUAGUUGCGCGCCUUUUACUAAUUGUUCGGCUAUGUUUAACCGAAGAGAAACUGAUUCACCAGCGCGUGACUCUCAUCAUUGUGGAGAUUGUAUCGACGGGUUUGUUGAAGACGAGUAUAUAAAUGGUGAACGACCAGAUAAAUGUAAAAGUAAGGCCGAAAUUGAGAGAAAAAAAGACAAUAAAGAUAAUACAAACACACUUUUCUAUUUGAAAACAAUUCUACCUAUACUGGGAGGAUUAAUAGCUUGCGGAACUACAGUUUAUGUUCUAAGCUAUUGGUUUUGUUGGAGAAAAUUCUCAAAGUUUUUCAAUGGAUGCUGCACAAAUGAGGACCACCAAUGUGUUGAUAAUGAACAACCUGAAGAUCAAUGUGCUGCUAACAUAGAUAUGUUGUUACCAAUACCUAGUGCCCCUCGAGAUGAGACUAAUCUAUUUGAAGAUGAAAAUAACAUCCCAAAUGACAAAAAGAAAAAGACAUGCAUAGAAACGCAACGUGCUACAGUGUUUGUACCACCAUCGUAUGUUAACCAUGCAAAUUAUGGUACGAAUGAGUUAUACCAUUCAAUAGACGAUACUUCUCAUCAAGAAGCUAUUCCAUUAAAUACAUCGAACGGGUCACGUUCUACGGGCAUUUCUAUGGAAGGUGCAGCAAAUACAGACAACAAUUAUACUAAUAAUAAUAAUAAUAAUAACGCUCAAUAUACUGAGAAUACAUCUUUUGAUAGACAAAACAUCGUGGUUAGUCAAACUAAUUAUAUCAACUUAUCUUUGUAAUUAUAUGUUAUAAUUACGUAUACAAUUAUAUACAGGAUGUCUGAUAAUGACCGUAUAACCGCUC